AUGUGCACGGUGGAUAAGUUACUGAUCAAAGGCAUCCGCGCGUUCGCCCCGGACCACGACCACGUGAUAACCUUCCCGAAACCGUUAACGCUCAUCGUCGGUUCGAACGGUGCAGGGAAAACCACCAUAAUCGAGUGCUUAAAAAUGGGCAGCACGGGAGAGUUGCCGCCGAGCGCGCGAUCGGGGCAGGCGUUUAUACACGAUCCAAAAGUCGCAGACGCCACGGAAGUGAAGGCACAGAUAAAAUUGAGGUUUCAGAAUAGCAUAGGGAAACCGUUUGUGGUGAUACGGAGUUUUCAGUUGGUGCAGAAAUCGGGCGGGAAGUUGGAGAAGAAAGAUUUGGACCAGAUUAUUCAGAUGGUGGACGAGAACACCGGGGAGAAAGUCUCGCUGACGAAAAAGUGCGCGGAUAUAAACGCGGAGGUGCCUAUAUUAAUGGGGGUGAGUAAAGCAAUACUGGAGAACGUGGUGUUCGUGCACCAAGAAGAAUCGAAUUGGCCGUUAGGGGAAGGCGCCGUGUUGAAGAAGAAGUUCGACGACAUCUUUUCGGCGACAAAGUAUACGAAAGCGUUGGAACACAUACGGAAGCUCAGAGUGGAACAAGUUGGGGAGAUUAAAGAUGCGAGAGGGAAGUGCGAGACGUUAAGGGUGAGGAAAGAUCACGCGGUAAAGUUAACGGCCACGAGAGACGAUAACGAACAGAAAGCGCGAGCGUUGGAGGCGCAAAUCGCGAGCGUGGACGAAAACAUCGAGAAGGCGAUGAAAUCGGUCGAGGAUAUGACGGGCGCGUUAGCUGGAGCGAGACGAUUGGCGGAGGAGAAGUUAUCGGUGGAGAGUAAGUUAUCUGCGGUAAAAGCGGAAAACGAGAGAAAAGUAGAAAGAGUUGACAACGUGUACACGGAAUCCUUGGAGGAGUUGGAAGGAUUGCGCGAACAGUUCACGGCGAAGUUUGCCACCAUGAAGGAAGAGUUAGCGCAGUUACACUCGGAGGUGAAGGACUUGCACAUGCAAUCGGACGCCUUGAAAGAUAAAAAAGAUUCAGAGUUUCAAAAAGUGGGCAGGUUACAAGCAGAAGCCGAGCAACACGUGAAGCGAUUGGAGAAGCGCGUGGAACACGCGAAAGAAGUGGCGAGAGAGAACGCCGAGAUUGGCCAGGCGAUUUGUAACGCCAUUUUGAACAUGAGCGACGACGGAGAAGACGAGGAGGACGACGACGAGGAGGACGACGAGAUGGUUGACGCGACGCAAAACGAAAGCGCGAGAAACAACACGCAACGACCGUCCAAGUCUGAAAGAGAAAGUACGAUGAAACUCUUUCGAAAAGCGUUGGGCGAGCGUUUGCAAGUAUUACAAGACGCGGCGAAAAACGCGCGAGAAAAAAGGCAAAACGCGCACGCCGAAGCGACGAGUGCCAUCGUUAACGUGGACAUGAAAAAGAAACGAGGCGAAGAGAAGAUUCGCGACAAGCAAAAGCUCAGAGAAGAGUUACGCGCGAACAUUGAUGCGAUAACGAAAGAUUUGACGCAAUCGGCAACCGUCGUCGCCAUCGACGAGUACAAGAAAAAUGAACAAGAAGCGAAAGAGAUUUUCAAUAAACGGUCCAAAGAAGUCGAAUUGGCCGGUGACGGGAAAGCAGAAAUGACGGAAAUAGAGAACGAGAUAGAGUCCAUCGAUAAACAACUCCAAGCGUUGAGAAGCGAACAAGAAGAAGCGGCCAGAGCGGGCGAAACGCAAGUGAAGAUUCGUUUGAAACGCGACGAAAUCGCCGCGAAGCAGGAAGCUUUGACUUCCAUUUUAAAUUCGAGGAAAGAUCGUCUCGAGGCGGCGUUUCGAGGCGCGCAAGGUGUUCCGGAACCGCUGCUGUUAUCAGAGGAGGUUAAAAGAAUUGAAAAAGAACGACGCGAAGCGGCCACACUGGCCGAACGCGAAUUGGCCUCCUCCAAGACGAUGAGAGAAUCGAGACGCCGAGAAGUCGAUGCCGCGGAAACAACUUUGAAUAGCUGGAAAGACGACGCGAGAGUGUGCGAAGAGCAAGCAUCGGAUGCACCAACCGUCGUUCUCCUGGGCGAUAAAGGUUUAUUAGGCGUAGAAGACGCCAUGCACAAGGUCAACGAGGACAUCAAAGAAGCGCAAAAGACGAUGGAGUACAUGAGAGCAGGUAACGUCUUGCUCACGGAUUACCUUCAAAAAGCGGUUGCCAACACCGCGUGUCCAAUGUGCACUCGCGGUUUCCCAAAUAUUAAAGAGAUGUCUGCCUUUGAAAAAAGGUUGCGGACCAUAAUAGACGCGGCGCCUGAUCAGUUAGAGAUCAACGAGAAAAAGAUAACCGAAUGCGAGGCGAAACGCGAAAAAUUAUUAGGAUUGACGUCCAUCGCCGCGCGGUAUAAAGAAUUAAAAGAGAAACGCAUCCCGGCCGCAGAAGACGAGUAUAAGAAAGCGCAGGAUACUCUCGACGAAGCGUGCAACACUGAGCUAAGAUUUCAACGCGCGCUCGAGGAGGCGAAGAAGGCGAGAGAUACCGUUGUCGCGGUUGUCGAAGACGCGGCGACGAUUUCUCGCCACGCGCAAGAACUGAACACCUUGGAAACGCAAUUGAGAAUGAUGCCGGGAGGUAUGACGUCCGGUAGAGAGGCUGAAAUUCGAUCCAUAACCGCAAUUGCUGGAGAUUUAGACGUCGAACAAGCGAACCGCGAAAACAAAGAGAAUCAAUUGAAAGUACUUCGACGGAAGAAGGAAAGAACGGACAACGAACUUGCGCAGUUGGAUAGGAAUUGGCGAGAUGCGAAAGACGCUUUGGCGGACGCGGAACGAAACCAACUGAAAACAAUCUCGCUCAGAGAGGAGAAGAAAAAGUUGGAAAGAGAUCAAGACCAAGCGACGAGAGACAUAGAAACACUCGAACGAGAGUUACCGCCGUUAGAAGACGAAAAGAAGAAACUCGAACGCGAACGCGAAGAACGCGUCAAAAUUGAAAAAGAUAAUGAAGACGCCGUGGACGAUAAAACGCGUACGUUGCAAAAAUCCAUCGAUUUCUUCGAUUCCUUGAACGACCCGAUUCAAAAGUACAUCGAAUCCAACGCGAGACAAACCUUGAGAGAGAUUCAAAAGUCUUUCGAGUCUGCGGAUGUGAAAAUCGACGCGACUUUGAAAAAACUCGCGACGAAGCAAAAAGAGUACAAAUCGAAGGAGAAGAGUGUGAACAAACAAAGCGAAAUUCAGAGAACGUUGGAAGAUAACAUCGCGUUGCAACGCGGUAAAAAAGAAGAAAAAGAACUCGAGAUGCGAAUAAAAGAGUUGCAAGAAACCGCAUCGAAAUUUGGAAACGUGAAAGAUUUAGGAGAGGAAUUGAAACGCCGCGAGAAAGUGCACAACCAAUUGGAAGUGACGAAAGCGGAGGCUGCGGGCCAAGUCAAAACGCACCGCGAAAUGGCUCGAAGCAGCGAGAAAGAACUCAACUCGGCAGAAUACAAAAACAUCGACUCUCGCUUAUCGAAGGAAACCAUUCGCUUCCAAACGUUGGAAAUGGUCAACAGCGAUUUAAAUCGAUAUUAUACCGCGCUCGAUAAAGCGUUGAUGGCGUUUCACUCGUCCAAAAUGGGCGACAUCAACAAAGUCGUCAAAGAGCUUUGGCAAAGAACCUACCGAGGUCAGGAUAUAGAUUACAUCCAAAUUCGCUCAGACGCCGAGAAGCAAGAAGGAAAAACUGGGGGUAAGAGUUCCUACAACUACCGCGUCGUCAUGAUUUGCAACGGAGCCGAGUUGGACAUGCGCGGUCGAUGCUCAGCCGGACAAAAAGUCUUGGCGUGCCUCAUCAUCCGCUUGGCGUUGGCGGAAACCUUCUGUCUUAACUGCGGCAUCUUAGCCUUGGACGAACCGACGACAAACUUGGAUACCCCGAACGCGGAAAGUUUAGCGCGCUCGCUAAUUGAUAUCAUGCACUCGCGCAGAGAACAGGAAAACUUCCAGCUCAUCGUCAUUACCCACGACGUGGAGUUUGCGCACAUGCUCGGUCAACGCCAACAAGCCGAUUACUACUGGCGGGUGACGAAAGACGAAAACCAACACAGCUGCGUAGAAAGAGAAGAUAUUUACGAGUAA